AUGGCAGCACAAACGAGAGAGAGAGCGAAGGCUCAGAGAAGCAGAUUGCAUCUGAAGCAUGAUUUCUCACCAAGUUAUCUGUUUUCUGAUCCAUUUGCAAUUGCAUCAAUAUCCAUUGGUUUUAUUUCUUGGGCGAUCUCAUUUGCAGGGUGUAUUGCUACCGCAGUGGAGUAUACCUCGUUUCCAAGAUUUACUUGGUGGGGUAUUGCCUACCAACUGUUGAUUUUGUUUCUGCAAGUUCUAUUUUACUGUUUCGAUAUUGUUGAUCUCUACAGGAAUUUUUUGACUGCAGCUAUCGCUGUAGCAUUCGUGUAUAAUACCAACAGUGCGAAUAAUUUGGUAUACAAUGAAAGUUCAAGGACUGGCGCAGCAGCGGCUGGUGUAAUUUUAUUAUCCAUCAUUGACCUCAUAUGGAUCUUUUAUUAUGGGAGUGAUAAUGCGUCUCCUAUCAAUAGAUGGAUUGACUCCUUUGCCAUGGGAGGUAUCAGACCCUCGGCCACCGAAGACGCAUACUUCAAAGCACGCCGUCGUUCCAACAACAAAGUCCUCCCAUCAAAGAGAGCCGAUGUCACUUUUGAUGAUGGUUUGUAUACAGAAACAAAACCAGAGAACUAUGUGUCUUCAACAGCACUCGCAGGAUUUGAGCAUGCUGAUCCAUCCUAUGAUUCGCCCAAUGAAAAGAUGGAACUUCCAGCCACAACGCAGGGCAAUAACGGCUUCAACAAUAUUGGAAACACUUAUAUCACAGAUACUUCGAAUGGAAAUACUGAAACGACAAUGAGUGGCACUUUGGGCUUAUACAGUGAAGUCGGCGAAGACAGUUUCCCGUAUACGGCAAGAACUCUAUAUUCCUAUGAGGCCAAUACUAAUGACUCUUAUGAAAUUUCCUUUGGACAAGGUGAAAUUCUUAAAGUGGGCGACAUUGAAGGCAGAUGGUGGAAGGCCAAAAAGUCAACGGGUGAAACAGGAAUCAUACCCAGUAAUUAUGUUCAAUUAAUUGACAAUGACGGUGUAUGA